GCUCCUCCAACCGCCACCCGCGCGCCAGCUGACAGUUCACUUCCGCGCGCCUGAGGGGGAAGGAAUUGGAGUCGCCGGCCGAUGGGGGUGGAGAUAUGCAAAAUGAGGGGCGGUGUCGCACCCACAAGGGAGUGGGCGGGGUUGAGGCAGGUCGCCUCAGGAGAGAAUGUUGCGUUAGGCCUUCUUCCCAGCAGCGUUAGGCAGGGAUUCCCUGGGGGGGCAGCACAGAUAGAGCCAUUUUCGCCUCCCCAGAGCUGAGGGUUGCCUCUGGUAGCAGAUGGGAUGUGGGGGCGCUGCCACUCUUUGAGGAUAUUUAUUUGUUCAAUCUAUACUAAACUACAGCAAGGCCAAGUCUGUACUGGGAGUAGGGGGUGUGAUUCCCAGCUGGGGCAGGCAUGCUUGCUCAGCUAGCUCCAUGAGAGCUAGCACUAGUAUAGAGAGUAGCAUAACUGCAGUAGCACAGGUAGUGGCAGCAGGGCAUGACUUAGCCAUGCUGAGUACGUAGCCACAGGGUUUGGGCAUGUUUGUAACAUUCAUUGAGGUAGUGCAAGUAUGUUACUCAUCAUACUCCUAGCUCAUAGUGUAGUAGCCUAAAAGAGGGCCCCACCAAUUCUCCAGCUGCCCUUGGCAAGCAAUCUUUAUGAAUAUAAACAUGAAUGUAUAAACAGACCCAUCAGUUACCUCCAGAGGUGAAAGUAAGCUGGUCCAGUCCGGCGUACUGGCAAGAGCCAGUAUGCCGUGCCGGACCGCACCGGCUUCCACGGCAGGGAUUGAAAGGGCUCUGGGCUGUGGCUCUGGCGGCUGGCCUGGGACCAGGAUUUAAAGGGCUCAGAGCUCCCCGUGGCUUAAGUGCAUGGAGGUGGUGUCAGAAGCUUGUCCAGAAGGAAAUGACACCGCUCAAAAAUUAUUUGGAGGCACCUGUAUCCAGUGAUCCUCACCGUGCCGCGCUGCCAGCACUCUGGACCACUCCUGGGCAGCUCUGCAGCUCCUGCCGCUUUGAGUGGCAUGGUAAGGGGAUGAGGCUGCGAGCUUCAGCAGGCUGCCUGGCAUCCAUACAUGCUGCCCUGAGCAACAGCAAGCACUAUGAUUAUAUCAUGCAUCAAUGCUUGUUCAUUAAAUAAAGUCACCUCUCCAGUCUGUGCUUUUAACAAUUUUUCUGAAAGCUUCCUGCAACAAGGAAGUAAAAAACAGACUGUUUUUUUGAAGGUCUUUAUAAAUUACUCUGAUUUUCAAAAUACUCCAAGUAUUUGCCACGUCUCCAGGACUGAACUGCAACCAUGUAUUUUAAACUCAACCUGUGAAUCUGAGGAUGAUAUGAAUGUUGUUCACCAGGGAUCAAGAUCAGAAGUUCCAGAAGUGAGAGGAUCAUUAGAUAUGAAAGCAAAAACAUUUAUUUCUUUCCAUAAACAUUUCAAUUUCACUGUGGGUUAUGUGAAUGAAGAAAGCAAGGAAUACAACACUUACUAUAUACUGGAAGUCCUCAUUAGAAAUUCUACAACCAGAAGAGGAAACACUACAGAAGAAAACAUAAAUCACUCAUGUAUAGCAGCAAUGAUGGAAGACCAAAAUGGCUGUAUAAAUAUUUCACUGCAACUACAGCCUUAUGUGGAAAAUCCAAUGUGUAUGCCGAAGAUUAUUUGGCUUGUUCUGAUUCCAUUUGUUUUUGUGCUUACCGUCAUUACUGUUACCUACAAAGUAUUCCAAGAAAAUAAAAAACACAUCCAUAGCAAAUAUAGAGCAGCGGCAGCUUCUGUUAUCCAACAAAAAGACAGAAAAAGCGCAAAAGAAUCUACACCUACUAAUAUUAUUCAGCUCCUUUCAGAACCCAACCAACGAAGACCCACAGCUAUCACACAAACAGCAGAGAUAUUGCCUGCAAUUCCUGAACAUGAGCAUUCUCAGCAGGCGUAGGAGUUUCAGGCAUUCCAGUAUGAAACAUAAUCGAUACACCAUGAAAAGAAGACAUCUUCAUUUCCAAUACAUCCUUCCUGGCUACCUUAGCCAGCUCUUAUUCCUAAAAAUGCCAGGAACCUCAGUUAACAGGAUUUUGUAUUAAUCAAAACCACUCUAUUAAAAUACGAACAAUGGAUAAACUGAUAUGGUGCUGUAGCAUCAACCUCAGUGGAAGACUAUAGAUUUCAUAUCUAUUUUGGGUUCAUUCACGAUUUAUACUUACUCACAAAGUUGAGAGGUUAUCCUUGCUAUAAUUUUUCUUUCCAGCUGAGAAGAAACUCAAUUUGUAUUCUCUGUGAAAAAAUGAGACUGUUUUAAAUGGAAAAAUAUGUAUAUUUUGAUGGACCAUGGAUGUUAGUUUGUGUAAUGUGAAUGUCAUAGGUCACAAUGAUCCUUAAAGGUGUCUGGCUGCUGCUGAAGAAGCAAGAAGGGUCACACAUCAUGGGCUAAAUCUUGACGCUCAAUGUGAAUACAAAGGAACUUUUGCAGUGAAGUCAAUGAGAGUUUUGCAUGCACAAAGACUGCAGGAUCUUAAUGGGUUAAGGGAAAAAUGUGGAUAAAUAGUGCAGAUUUGGCUCCAAACUAUAAAACCAAUUUUUUUAAACAACUCAUUAGCAGCACCAAAUGGAUUUGGUACUAUUUGAUAGAUUGCAAUCCUAUUUUUGCACCAGUUUAGGUCAUUAGUAUUCAGACUCAUUAUCUCCUGCAACUUUUCCUUACUUUUCAUUUAUAACUGCUCCUUUGAGUGUAGUGGAGCUGUUUGGACUGAUCAGGGUCCCAAACUCAUUCUGUGCUUACACAUUAUUUGUGGGUACAAUUUAGCCAUAAAUUACCAGCAAGAGACUGAAAUUGCAGAGCCAGGGCUUCUAACUCCCUUGUGCUAAAUUCGUCAGGAUGAACAGAUUGUAAACUGCCCAUUGCAAAUAUGAUAUGCAGCAAUUUAGCAUCAUGUUAAUACUUCAUAACCUCCAGCUCUUACAUUUAUAUGGCUCUUCCCUCCAGAAGCUUUCUGAAAUUGCUUCUCUAGUCAUUACACUGUACCGAGCAGUUCAGAUUUAAUAGGAACAAUUGUGAACAUUAGUUUUUGAAUGGCUGAGCCUAUUUGAAAUUUUCAUAUCUAGUUGGAUAAACUUGAAAUAUUUAUUUCUACUGCUUGUGUUGUCAUAUUACAAAAAAUCCAGGAAAAAAACUUGAUUUUUUUGAGUCUUUGGGGCUGACAUGUUUAGUUGUAAUAAUAACUUCAAACCUUACAGAAAUGGCCUCUGAAAUAUAGUAUAUAAAA